GCCAAGGAGGAGGGUGCAAACAAGACUUGCCACUUUCAGAGUUGGUCUCCUCCUCCAUCCUGAUAUGGAAACCUUCCACCCACAAAAAGCGGAAGCUUUGAGGAAAAUAAAGGUGCCAGUGUCCUUGUCAGCAGAAGAGUUCCAUGCUGUCCUCCAGAAAUGCGUUUCCAAGAGUGGGCAGCACUGAUUUUGAGUUGGCAAGGGUAGAUUGUCAUAAAAAAGUUACAAGACUUCAAGUUUCUCCACUUUCACCGUCUGUGUUGAAAGCCAGCAGAGAGCUUAAUCGAUCGGCUUUAUAUUUACUCCCAAAGGAGAGUCUGGCGGAGCAAGUUGGAGAACAGCAAGAUGGGUGUAAUGUAAAUGAUGCAGAAGAAGUCUUGGACUCUUGCCAAAGCCUGGACCAAGAUGAUGAUGCUUUACAGGCUGUACAGGAAUCUCAUGACCCAGAGAUGGUGGAAGUAGCAGAUGAUGUGGUGGAAGUAGCAGAUGAUGUGGUGGAAGUAGCAGAUGAUGUGGUGGAAGUAGCAGAUGAUGUGGUGGAAGUAGCAGAUGAUGUGGUGGAAGUAGCAGAUGAUGUGGUGGAAGUAGCAGAUGAUGUGGUGGAAGUAACAGAUGAUGUGGUGGAAGUAGCAGAUGUGGUGGAAGUAGCAGAUGAUUUUGCUGAUGAUUUACAUGAGUGGCGUGCACUUCGUGCAAGGCACGAUGAGGAAUACCUUGAAAGUCUGCAGACUGACCAAGAGAGGGGCCAGGCACAGCGCAGAGAAGUAGAAGUUUACAGGAAACGCAAAGAGGCUUUGGAAAGAAGACGGCUUAAUUUGAGCAAUUGUGCCGAGCCGCAGGAUGGCAUUCCACUGCAAGUGAAAUAUCCAGAUGGCCAUGUUGCAAGGAGGAGAUUUGACCUCAUGCAGCCAAUUCAGCACCUAUUUGACUUUGUCGGCUCAGAUGACAUGGCAACAGAGGUGUUCUCUAUUCAGAGAGCCAGGGCAUCACCAAUAAGAAGUACAACAAUAAUUGAUCACAUCAAUGAAUCCUGCACGGUUUAUGUAACCUGGGAUGAUGUAAUGGACACAGACAUUGCUCACAUUCUGGUUCCCGAAGAAGAUAAUAGUCCUCAAAACAGCUCAUCCGUGCCCUUGGAUACAACUGCUGGCUUCCCGAACUUGAGUCAUGUCAAUGACCCUAACAAAUCAGAUCUGAAAACCUUACUCGCCACUCUAGCAUCAAAGGUCUGGAUUGGAGAGACUCCCAGCUGUAAUAUGAUAAAUGUAUGCAGAGAGAACCUAAUGGAUGGUGCCAUCCGAGCCUUUGCAAGGAGGAGUUUCAAUCCAGAAGCCAAAUUAAGUGUCAUAUUUAUGGAUGACUUCAUGCAAGCAGAGGGUUCAGUGGAUGAGGGGGGCCCUACACGGGAGUUUUUCCGACUGCUUAUGAUGGCUCUCAGAGACAGCGCCCUAUUUACAGGGCCACAGAACAGUAAGAACCUGUCCCUGGACAGCCAUGCGUUACGCAGAGGUCUCUACAGAACAUAUGGAGGGAUGAUUGCUGUUGCACUGGUGCAUGGAGGAGUGUUUCCUUCUUUUUUUUCCGAGAGGCUCUACCAAAACCUUUGCUCUAUACCUACAUCACCACCCACUCUCGAAGAAGUAGCCGAUCAGGAUUUGCAGUUGAAACUCAAAGAUCAGUGAGGCAGUUGAUAUUACAGCAGCUAGAGCUGCCAUUGAGGAAGCUGCAGAGAGCCUGUCCUUGUUGGGGUCCCUGAGGCAUAUCGCCACUAUGGAGGGAAGGGACCAGUUGGUUCAGGCUGCCACAAGUUUCUAUGUGGAAGGAAGGACAAAGGAAGCCUUGCAACAUUCUUUACAGACUUGCUGAAGGACUAAACACACUUGGUCUCCUGGACCUGAUGAAAAUUCACCCCAGCAUCUUCAAGGAUGUGUUUUCUUCAUCAGAGAGGCCUUUAAAGGCUACAGACUUGAUCUCCCUGUUCAAAGCAACGCUGUCCCAUCCUGAAAGCAACCAGUGGCGAAGAGAGUUGAAGGGUACUGAGAGACUUCCUACUUGAUAUUGAAGACUGGAGACCCUUGAGAGGAGCAUCAGAUGGGCAAGAGUGAGGAUUCUCCGAUUGGAUGAUGCAGAUGAACUCCUUCCAUUAGUGACCGGUUUUAUUCAACUAGUGCAAACCGCUUUGUCAACUCAAGAUGAAGGUACCUCUGGAUAUCAAGCCCCAUUGGUCCGGACAGGUGAUUUUGGACGAUCCAGCUACCUGAUCACAGAAGAACACCUGAGAUUCCUGCUCUCAUGUGGAUUUGUAAUUACACAAAUUGCUGAAAUCCUGGAUGUAUCAGUCAGUACAGUUAAACGGAGAUUGAGGUUGUUUAACUUGUCCUCUUUUAUGAGGUACGAACGCCUUUCUGAUGCAGAACGUGAUGAAGUGGUUCGGCAGUUGAUUGGAGAAAAUGAAGAGAUGGGAGCUAAUGCUGUUGGGGCCAGACUAUCUUCUAUGGGUGUUCGAGUGCAGAGAAGGAGAGUGAGAGAGAGUUUGAUUCGAGUGAAUCCAGCUGGCGCCGCACACAGAUCGUUGUCUCACAGAUUGCACCGGAGAACCUACAGUGUUGCAGGUCCCAACUCGCUGUGGCACAUUGAUGGGAACCACAAGCUCAUCAGGUGGAGAAUGGUGAUCCAUGGUGGAAUCUGUGGCUUCAGCAGACUGGUUGUGUUUUUGCAGGCUUCAGACAAUAACCGAAGUAACACAGUUUUUGAUCAGUUUGUUCAAGCCACUGCUAGGUAUGGGGUACCGUCUCGAAUAAGGUGUGACUAUGGGGGCGAAAACAAUGCCGUUUGCUUGUUCAUGAACAUUUACCGUGGAUCAGAACGGGGAAGUGCCCUACGGGGCAGAAGUGUCCAUAACCAGCGGAUUGAGAGGCUUUGGGGAGAUCUUUGGCGAGGUAUGACUAAUGUGUACCACCAGCUUUUCUCCUUCCUUGAAAAUGAGGGAAUCAUUGACUGUACGAAUGAGCUGCACUUGUGGGCACUGCAUUAUGUUUACCUGCCACGGAUUAACCGGGACCUGCAGGUUUUCAGGGAACAAUGGAACAACCAUGGCUUGCGCACUGUUGGCCACCGCACACCAUGUCAGAUAUUUGUCCAAGGAUGUCUUCAGAGGCAAACUCAACCACUCACAGCCAUGGCAGAGAUUUUUGGAUCCGACACUGCUCAACAAGGUGCAGCUGCUGCUCUUCCUGCUCUGAAUUGGCAAGAAGUAGUAACCGUCCCUCCUAACCAAUUCAGUCCAAGCCAUGCACAGAUGCAACAACUCCAGGAUGUGGACACUCUGGCAGGACCUAUUGGUAGUCUGGCUAUAGAUACACUCCAAAGUGUAAUUGACAUUUUGGAACAGUAAUUUCCCGUCUGUGUCACGGCCCUAAACUUGCUACGUAUACCUGAUAAGACUCCUUUCCCAUUGCCAGUAGAACGAAUGACACUGACUAUAGAGUGAUGAGACAGCGUUUGCACUUUGGUUUCAAUAACAGGUUGGCGAGAAGCACUCUCCAAAACAGUGCUUUGCCUUAGCCCACUAGCAUCAACCUGAGUCACGUUAACUGUACUAUGCUUAGCUCGUAGCUGGUAGCUCAAGCUAGACAUGUUUUGUGAUAUUUUAGUUCGGCUUUACACAAUGUACAUAUGGCUUUCGACUUGUCUACGAGCCGUCC